GGAGGAAGCUUUCUUAUCGGCGCAGCAUUAGCUAUGAAUGCCUUGCCACUAGAGAUCAUUCUUCGCAUCCCACGUCCUCUCGGAUUUAGGUUUCAGUGGCGCAAUAUGCCGAACCUAUCAGCCACUGAACACAAAACCCGAAAUGUUGCGAAAGGAAGCUGCAAGGAUGUACGCGAAAUUCAGGAAGAUUCAAACAGUGCCAGGCCAGCUUAUACUGCUUCACCGUGUGGAGCGAAUUUAAGUGCCCUGGCCCCAAAUGUAGAUCUUACUGAGGUGUUCUGCGACCACAAGAUUUCUAGUGUAGGGAAGGCUUUCCCAGUGCAACCGCUGCUAGGUUGCAACACCUCUGCUGGCAAUAGCCGAUCUCCUAAAUGUGGAUCAACAUGUCUUGACCGCGACGGGCGCAUUUCAUACGGAACAUCGGCAGCUACCGUGUUGCAGUUGCCUUCAGAGUCAAGUAAAAGUAUCCUGGACCAACUGGCUCUCUUCCGUCGGCUUGCCUUCUACGUGCUGCUCGUCGUGUACGUCCUCUGCGAUUGGACAAUAUCGUUGCACACUACAACCAUUGUGGACUACGGCCGUGACAAGGGAUCUCCGCUCGAGAAGGCAAAGUUAGUGCUCACAUACAACGCAGCGGGUCAGUUCGCCGGAAGGACGCUUUUGCCUUUCGCCUCGGACAACGUAGCUCACAGCCGGUGUCCGUUGGCCGUUGCGUGCUUCAUCGGAUCAGGCGCCUGCUUGGCAUUCAUGCCGUCCGUGCAAACCCUGUCUGCAUUCGUCGGUCUGAACCUGGUGCUAGGGAUGUGUCAGGGUUUUGCGACCUGUAUCCAAAGCGUCUUGGUUAACCAGUACUGUGGAGUCGAACGGCUGCCUACGUUCUUCGGCAUUCUUGGACUGACUCUGGUGCCACUGUCGUUCAGCGGGCCAACAAUCAUAGGUUUCUUCCGCGACACCCUGGGAUCGUACGACAACCUCUACCGGAUGAUGGGAGCGUUGAAUAUUUGCAUCGCGCUUCUGCUGUUCGUUCUUGUGUGGCGCGACAAGACGCGGAGAAAAUCUUGCGACCUACCUACAGCAGCAAUGGGACAUGGAAACGGAUUAGGCUGCAAAGAUAAUUGACAAAAAGAUUUU